AUGACACCACCAAGCAAUCACCGCGCCCCAUGGCGCAGCAUCCUCAACACCCAUCUUGAACAAACACCAGGCUACGAAUUCACUAUUGCGACCGUGGGCCAAGAUGCUCACGGCCGUACUGUUCCCCGCGUGCGCACCUGCGGCUGCCGCGGCUUCUUCCCAGAGCUCGAACUCCAUCCAAAGGGCCAACAAGCUAUGGAUGAACAGGUUGAAGAUGGUGGGAACCCGUCUGUGUACGAGAGUGAUAUGCUGUCGUUUACGACCGAUAUCCGGAUGGAGAAAUUGGGACACCUGGAAGAGUCGGGGCAUGCUAUCGAAGCUAUGUUCUGGUUGACGGAUAUUAUGGCUCAGUGGCGGGUUAAGGGGAGGGCCUACGCAAUUGGGAGUCCCGAGAAGGAUGAGGCUGAGCAGUUGUCCCGGCAGGAAGCUGCUAAGGGGCUUCGGGUGAAGAGUGAUGCUAACGGGGAUACGGCAAAGUGGACAUGGGAGAAGGCUGUGACGAAGUAUUUUGCAAACCAUUCUCCUAUCAUGCGAGGUUCUUUCAAGAGCCCACCCCCCCGGGCAGCCACGGUCUAA